CGUGCGUAAUUUAGAUCGAUGGUCAUCGAUGGUAGGUAACUGUGAAUCUGCUGUGGUAUUUUUGUUGCUUCUGAUUUAAUUUUAUCGGAAUCAGUUUGUGAUUACAAACAGUCAGACGCACAUUUAUCUCUGAUUGAGUGUGGUGUAGUAAAACUUUAGAAUGGGUAACGAAAACUCUAUUCCCAUGGAACUAUGUUCAAACUCGCGUGUUAACUGCAUUGAUUUUAAGGUGGAAAACUUCGAUGCGGAUGAGAUCCGUCGUCUCGGCAAGCGUUUCCGGAAACUGGACUUGGACAAUUCCGGGGCGCUGUCCAUCGAUGAGUUCAUGUCUCUACCUGAGCUGCAGCAGAAUCCACUUGUCCAACGCGUCAUCGAUAUAUUCGACGCAGACGGGAACGGAGAGGUCGACUUCAAGGAGUUCAUCCAGGGCGUGUCUCAGUUUAGUGUGAAAGGCGAUAAACUGUCCAAAUUACGAUUCGCUUUCCGCAUAUACGACAUGGACAACGAUGGGUUCAUAUCCAACGGCGAAUUGUUUCAGGUACUCAAAAUGAUGGUAGGCAACAAUCUAAAGGACACACAGCUCCAGCAGAUCGUCGAUAAGACGAUACUUUUCGCCGACAAGGACGAGGACGGGAAAAUAUCAUUCGAGGAGUUUUGCAAUGUGGUUGGCAACACUGACAUUCAUAAGAAAAUGGUCGUUGACGUUUAAACGUCACACGUAUUAUCUCUCUCGAUCUAGCUAGAACACUAUUCAAAUUUUCCCGUAGGCUGCGCGCGGUUUCAUUUUUAAAAAAAAGUGCUAAACGGAUACUGUGCAUAGAUUCAUUAUUACAUGCAAGAUACCGGCCAGUUUGUACAUAUAUCAAUAAAUAUAGGUAUGUAUAAAAAAAAAUUGUUUUGAAAAUGUUAUUUGUCUACUCACUUGAAACGUUGCUGUGAAAUAGUGCCAUUAAAAAAUAAAAUGUUUACUUUAAAAAAAAUAUAUAUCCUAAAUAGUAAUCUUCUCCAAACUCAUUCGUGAAAACAAAAAUAUAUACCACGAAAUGAGGAGCUCGUAUUGGUUAUAUAAGUCGAUAAAAAUAUAAUAUGGAAAUUUUAAAAGAGGCUAUAGAUUUCAAACUAAUCGCGUUUAAAAAAUAUUUAACGCCCUGGUACAAGUUACAGCAAAGGGUAUUCGAACCGCGCAGCCAACGUUCGCCCUAUCUUUAAUUCAUUUAAUAUUUAAAUUCUAUUUAAAUGUAAGAAUUUAUUGUAGUUAUUAAAAACAUUUAGAAUUUUAAUGUAGUCGAAUCGAACUUAGAUUUUUAUAUAAAUAUUUUCGUUUGUUGCGGUAUGUUUAAUCAUUAUUUUGUUUGUUAUUUAGUAUUUUAUAAUGGAUUCCUUUUUCAUAUGGUCCAUAUCCGUAGAUGUUUCAUUAUUUUUCACAGUGGUGAUGCUUAAUGUUUUCUGGGUUUUAAUGACAAACAAAUUAGUACCUACGAAAAAAAAAAUCAACUGAAUUUUAUUUUUUGGGAUUGUGUCAUUAGAGUUUUGACCUUUGCGCCUGUAUGUAAUGUUGGGUUUGGUUUUUAUGUUUCACGGAGUGGUGGUUACGGUUUAAAUAAUGGCGUAGUAACAUGGAUGAGUUUGAUGACUUUUAACAUUUUAAUGUUAUUUUUAUUUGCAAUAAAAAAAAAUGCAAAUCACAUAUUUGACUUUUCACAGUUAGUAAAUUUAUUGCUUUGAUUUAUUUUUUAAAAUCUUUUGGUGGUGCAUUCGACAGUAGAAAAUUAUAGUGUACUGUAAUUAAAUUCAGAAAACACUCGGCAUUUACCCAGAUGUCCAUAUCGUGUAGAUUUGUAUUUGUAAGUACAAGUAUAUUAAAAUAAAUUUAAUUUCUCAAGCAUCGACAGGGUGUAGCAAAACUGUCAAAUCAGUCGGCUAAUUUAUUGAAUAGAUUCAAAUUCACAUAAUUAUUGACUUCAAAAAUGUACCCAGAGAAAAUUCUACCAUUUUUGUCAAACUAUGAUGCCGUCGCUAGUUCUUCUAAUAGGGAUUGAUUACUCUUUAACUAGAAUAACCUGUAAGGCUACCAGCGAAUAAGUAGGGAAUAUAUAAAAAAAUACUCUAAAUAAACUGAUCUAAAUGAACUGAUACACAGAUAACACUGAUUACUGGCUCCUUAGUUCAUUCGAAGUAUAUUUUAUUUGACAUCGGAAGGACAGUGUGAUCGCAACCUAUAAUGCAAAAGAAUAACCAAGCCCUUAAGAAAAUUUCGAUUUGGAGUCUUGAGGUAGCGUUGGUACUUUAACUGCUCAAUAAUGAGGACAUUUGGGCAACGUGCACAUCGGUAUGUGGAUAGUCUUUUAUAACGUGCCUUUGUUAAAGAAAACAGUCCAGUGAUGACAUACGACUUAAAAAAUCUACGGUACAUUUUUGCUUGCACGACAGCGGCUAGGCGAUUCUGGCACUGUUGACGUCAAUGAGGUGUGACCUGUGCUCGUCUGCUUAGAUAUUCGAAACGUUUCUCUCUUUAAAAAUGGCUUAAUUAGAGCACUUCAUGGUAGACCUCGGCGUGCCUGUACUCUGAGAAUUGUCAGUGUCCAUGGGCGGCAGUGACUCUAACAAGAGGACUGUAUGCUUGGUUGUAUGUUGAAACAGUAAAAAACUUACUAUCACUGGAGGCACAGUCGCACUUCAUGUUUGGCAACUCAUCAUGGUAAUGGCAACCCAGAAUAUUCUGCCUUAGAAGCGGGGAUACCAAUUUGAGGAUUUCCUUAUUUUAGGGAAAAUUACGGAGAUUUCAAAUUAAUUAUCAUAUUAAUAAUAUUAGCAUUUCGUUUUCGUUAAUUGCAUAAUAUAGUCAAUAAAACGCUAAGUAUGUUGAAAGACAAGUCGUAGGAAGUUAAUUAUAGUAAGGUAUCUCGCAAAUAUCAAUAAAAUUAAAUGGCCAUCUCUGAUAUGAACAUUUUUGCUACACCCCGUAUAUAGUCGCAGGAAAAUUUCACUUAACGUAAUGUAUAAAAGACAUCUGAAAGUCAAUAAGUAGAUUGAUCGAAAGACGUAUGUUGUUACCGGAAGGCUAUUUAUGUAAUGUUUUUAAUGAUAUGAAAAAUUAUUAUUGAAAAGAACUUGCUAACAGUAGAUACUAACAUUGGGGAAAUGGAGCCUUCAACACUUCUGAGAUAUAUCUACAUCAAUUUUAAAUAUAAUAAUAAAAAUGUUAUUUAUAAAUUCUUACUGUAAUAUAUUUUCUGCGACUAUAUUUUAAUAUGAAGAUACAAAGUUAUUUAUAUUAACUGCGUACAUAAUGUUAUAUUAAAAUCGAAACUGGGCCCUAUAAGUAAAUAAAACAAACAUCUCAUCGUUACUACUUGAACAUCCGUAGCGUGGUUUUGAAUUAAGUUUUAUGUUCUGUAUUUCAUAAAUUAUUCUCGAAUUUUGAUAUCAUUAAAGACCAGUGCACAAAAUAUGAAAUUUAAAACACACUUUUAUAUAUUUUACACGGUUUAGCAAAUAUAUUGUAGUUUAUAUGCUGUGUACUGUCUCGUGUAGCCUAAUCGUUACCACAGCGGUCUCCUUAUAAUUAUGUAAUUUUGAUUGAUUGCUCAUUCAUAAGUUGUAAAUUGAAUUAAUUUUAAAUAAAUCCAAUAUAUUUGUAAAUACAUGAUAACGGAUCAUUAAAACAUUCCUAGAGUUUAUUAAGAUCUCACAGGAUUUUAUACAAUCACUAGAUUGCCAGCUUUAAAAAAAAAAACUGUGGGAAUGUUUUCUUUGUCGGUACCUACUUCCUGUAUAUCCCAAUUUACCUCAUCGUUUUAUCCUUCCUUUUCCACAGGUCCUCACGGCCCUUAGUAGUUAAUUCAAGGCCUCCACAACGGUGCCAAAACUUAUGGCCCAAAACCUGUGUACACUAUUCAAGCCAUCGCAAUAUUUGUCUUUAGUCAUCAUUGUAUGUCAACAAAUUGUACAAAAUAAUUAUUUAAAUAUAUUUUUAUUUUUACGUUGAAUCAUUGAACGUUUUUGUCUGUAGUUAAGGGAAUGUUUAAAAUAUAUAACCGUUGUUUGUAGAUUGAUGAGUUGAUGGUAUUCAAUUAAUAUUGAUUUGAAAACUCAUCCGUCUAUAACUUCCGGAUCGGUUGAAAUUCUAACUUUAGUAAAUAGUUUUUGUCGUCGUGUAUUGUUAAUAUUAGAUAAAUUUUAAUUCACAAUGUAUUUUACUGAGUUAUUGGGCGGCACCUCACGACACAGUAGAAUUGAUUGCACGAGAAUCUACAUAAGUAUCUAGUCACAGCCGCUGUGCGUUAUACAAAUGUUUUGUAUAUUCGAGAUUGACGUGUGCCCCAAUAUCAAUCGCAGACAAAUUUUCAACUCGAAAGAAAAGUGUCUUGAUCAUUGUUGCCAGUUUAAGCUGAAUUAAACAAAUUUAUUGCCUGGCGGAAAAAUUGUAGUCAGACUUAUUAUGUUUUUAUUUAUUAUGUAUAUUUUGUUUAUAUAUGAUUUAUAAUUAUAAUCCUUCACAUUGCAAUGAUAAUGUGUAUUGAUUGAUUAAUUACCAGUGAACUGUAUAUUUGUCGACUAGAUUUCCUUAUUUAUUGGGACUUUUAUUUUAUGGCAACACUGAUCUCGAUUUCAUUGAUACUCGAUGCGUUGAUUGCCUUACGCGUAACGUCGUCCGCAUACGUGCGUCGUUGUUAACAUUUUAUAUUGUGAAUAUUUGAACAAGUAUGUUUAAGUAUCUUUCGCAGCUUUAACAUUAAAUGUUAAAUUAGCAAUACUAUGAUUCUAAAGCCUUAAUAAAGAGAAUAAUCACGUGUUUCAUUUAAUUUAAAAAAAGUUAAAUGAUAAGUGAAGCACGUGGUAAGUUCAGAACUAUGCUAUUUAUGAUACUAUACUUGUAUUUGUGGUUAUAACGACUAGUUGUAAUGCGUAUAAUCUCGAUGUCGUCUGCUGGUCACCAUCGGUAGGUAGCGCGUCAUAGUCUACUGGAAUGUGGAGAUAAGUUUUAAUAAAAAUUUCAAUUUUCGAUCGCAA